AUGGUUAAUAACAGGUGUGGAACUUAUAUUCAAGUCAACAUCUACGGAAAAACACUUCAACAGUUAAAAAAGGAAGGAAUCACACUGAAAUCUGUUUUAAAUGAAAUCGGUUGCCCACAGCAUUGGAUCGGCGAAGUUUCAAUUUUUACAGGAGAAUUCAACAAAGAAAGUUCACUUCUGAGUACUACAAUCGCUAACGUGAAACUUCCAAGAUGUUCGACGAGGGUUAUUCCACAUAUCGAACCUCGGACAAGUUUCACAUUGAACAUGGAACAAAAGAUUUCUGAAAUCGAUGAAGAUGAUGAAAUGAUUGACGUUGACGUCGAAGAAGUUUUAAGUGAUCUUCUGAAUGAAGUUGAUGUGUUAAAGCAGACAGAAAAGAAAGCAGCGCUUCCGUUACUCAGUACUACUAUUGCUAAUUCUGAAUUCCCCCGAUAUUCAACACCGAUUCCUUUCGAAGAUGAUCUCGGUUCCAAUUUCACUUUAAAUUUUUCUCAUGAUGUUUCCAAUAUCGCUUCUGAUGCCGAGGAAGAGCUUGUCAGCGAUUACUCCUUACACUUUCAAGAGUCCGUGAAAAAUAAUGAUUCGAUUGUGAAUGUAACAAGUGAUUCACUUUCUGGAAGGUCUAAAGAAAAUGAUGAUCAUACAUUGUCAUUGACAACAACUAAGGAGAGCACGAAACGAGCUCCAGAACGAUGUUCAACUACUCCCGCAAAGAUAUAUAAAAGAGAAGUUGAAGAAUUUGGUGCACCUAAACGAGAAAUAGCAGCAUUGAGAACAAAUUCUGAACCUGCGGUCUGUCCGAACUUCAACGACUCUUUGUAUCAAAGUGGGCCACUAAUCAUAAAACUUCAAAAUUCAGAACAAGAAAACGGAGAUCAGCCCGAAAAUUAUGGAAACUCUGAAUCUUCCCUCGAUAAAAACACUACGGAAGAUCGGGAGGAGGCGUUUUAUUCUAUUCCACGCAACGAAGUAACUGGACCUUUGAGCUAUAAUGUUCCCGUAACGGCGUCGAGCUUGGAAAUUCCAGGUGUUGCGCUGAAAUUGGAACUUAAUAGUUUCGGAUUCCUUAAUAACAACAACGACGAGAUGCUCGCUUCACAUGAUGUAAUACAAAAUCAGAACGUUUAUCAUGAACUAAAACCAGUCGGACGUCUUCUGAGUUACUCGCCUGUUCCACUAUACAAUAGUUAUUGUGACAACGAAGUAAAUGAAGGUGACUCAUAUCAUUCAAUCCCGAAGGAAAGAGAGGGGGAAGACGAUGAUGAGACACUUCAGAUGAAUUCGGAACACACCAGAACACAGUAUUCUCCUCCAUUAUGGCCAGACAAAAUCCGAACUAAAUCAAUCCUGAAAGCGGCCGGAUCAAAUGUAGAUUCUAAAGAAAAGAAGGUGGUCUCGUUCAAAGUUCCUAGUUCGAAGAUAGAGAAGCGUAGAAACUCUGCCACAAGCCAUACUAUCGUGUGCAGUUUCGAGGGUUGCGGAAAACAAAUACACUGGAAAGUUCAAUACGGAAAGCUUCGUCUCGUUAGUCACGCAUUGACUCAUCAGGAGAAAAACCACAUGCCGUGCAGAAAUUGUGAUUUCAAAUGCCAAACUGUCGGUCAAAUGCGUUAUCACUACAAGAAAACACAUUCUGAUGUGAAAAUGACUGGAUUCGGAAUCAUGGACAUACAAUACGAAGAUAUCGAUAUAGACGACGUUUGGCAGAAAUGCUUCGGAAAUGAAGCUCUUCCAACAUCUCAAAGCAGUCAAUAA